AAGGUAGCACUGCCGAUGAUUAUUCCAAUCCGCUUCCUUUGUCCAGGGAGGUCAGACUCAGAAACCAGAACACUUCGUAAAACCAGCUCCUUCCCUCAUCUCUUUGCUUCAUCCUCCACCUUGGUCGAGGCGGAGCGGAGAAAACAACCUUACUCUAUGGCCAUGGUGCCAACGAAGGACCCGCCAUCACCGGCCUUUCUCGCCACCGUUGACGAGAUUACGAGAAUUUACCGAUCGCUUCCGCUCCGACCUUCGAUUGAAGAAGUCGAAGCUGCCACUUCUGCCAUCGAAACUAUCGAUAGCGAGGAGAAUAUGAAGCUCCAGGAAAUCUCAAUGCAGCAAGUACCCCAUGGUGUUCCCGAGCAGCUGUUCUCUCUGUUACAAGAAUUGAAGAAGACCGUGGUCUUGUUCCAGAGCCAUGAACAGAGGAAAGAACCUCUUCACCUUCUUCAACAAGAGAAGAUGUUUCAGACCCUUGCUGAUCUUAUUCAGAGGGCUGCUCAAUUCGUUUCUGGGGACGCUACGGAACCGGAACCGCCCAAAUUGGCCGAACCAGCGGGGAAAAUCGAGACAGAUGUUGGUAUCGGUGAUGAGAGUCUGCUGAAGGGAAAGGAAGACGGAGAAAAAAUGGAGAAAAUCAAUCUCGAGGUUGAAAGAAGAUCCUCCUCGAAGAUAUCUUUCUCUGCUGAUGAUGGAAACUCCGAUAAAUUAAGUCUCAUGAAAGUGGCCACGGUUAUUGAAAACUGUGCUAAUAGUGGAGCAGCAAUCCUUGAGCUCAGAGGGAGACUUGUGGACCAGAUGGAAUGGUUGCCUGUUUCAAUUGGGAAACUCUCUUAUGUCUGUGAGAUGGACUUAUCUGAGAACAGAAUCAUGGCUCUUCCUUCCACCUUUGGGGAUCUCAAGGCCUUAACAAAGGUUGAUCUUCAUGCCAACCAGCUUAUAAACCUUCCGCACUCGUUUGGGGAAUUGAUCAACCUCACUGAUCUUGACCUCCGCGGGAAUAGAUUGAGAUCACUGCCAGCUUCUUUUGAAAAGUUGGAGAAUCUCAUUGAUCUGGACUUGAGUUCAAAUGAAUUCACAAAGUUACCUGAUUUGAUUGGGAAUUUAAGAAGCUUGAGGAGAUUAAAUGUUGAGACAAACGAACUUGAGGAGCUACCUUACACAAUUGGAAAUUGCUCAUCACUCUCAGAGUUGAGAGUAGAUUUUAAUCAGCUCAGAGCCCUUCCUGAGGCAAUUGGGAAUCUUGAGUUGUUAGAGAUUUUAACUCUGCACUAUAACAGAAUUAAAAGGUUGCCUACUACAAUGGGGAACCUGUGCAGAUUGAAGGAACUUGAUGCUAGCUUUAAUGAACUGGAAUUUUUACAGGAGAACCUAUGUUUUGCUGUGAGUCUGAAGAAAUUAAAUGUGUCGAAUAACUUUGCAGACCUAAGAGCCUUGCCAAAAUCAAUUGGGAAUCUUGAAAUGCUUGAGGAAUUGGAUAUAAGUGAUGAUCAAAUAAAAGCGUUACCAGAGUCUUUCAGGUUCUUGUCCAAAUUGCGAGUAUUUCGUGCUGAUCAGACUCCUCUCGAGGUACCGCCCAGAGAAGUGGUCAAGUUGGGUGCUCAGGAAGUUGUGCGGUACAUGGCCGAUUUUGUAGCCAAGAGGGAUGCGAAAUUUCUGAUACCAAAGAAGAAGAAGAGGGGGUUUUGGUUCUGGUUUUGCUCAAUAUUUUGUCCCCAGCAGAGACGACUUUAAAUGAAACUAUGCCGUUAAGUUCUCUCACGUUACAUUUAACCCUCUUAUGUGAUUUGGUAAGCCUCUCUGAGGGGAACUGUUCAAUAGUUGUGGACUUUUGCUUAAUCGUGCUGCGAGUGUUUUCAUCAUAACACCGUAAAUCUAUGGUGUGCCUGUCAGUUGUAAAUGAAAUGGACGAAAACAAAAUAAUGUGAUAGUAAUAACAGGAACAUCAUCCUGCUUGUGCUUUGUAUAAAAUCUUGUCUUUAUGUUGUGAUUCGUGAUUUCAUAUA